CAGAGAUGUCCUUGGAAAUCUUGUUCUCGCGGUACACCAGUUGAAACUAUGUUAAGAGAAGCUUCACAGUGUUACUAGUAAUCCAGUAAUCUGAAACUUGAGGGCUAGUUUAAGGAGCCAUAUUAAUAGAUAACAUACCAGAAUGACUACUCUGCUUCAGUCCCAAAAGGUCCUUAGUCAGUGCCUGAAAAGCAGAAAACUUAUUGAGUGGUUAUUGUCAACAAGUACUAGGAAUUGCUCGAGUGGACACACACCAAGUGGGGUGCCAUAUGAAACGACACUCAAGAAUAAAGAUGUCACAACACCUAAUACUAUACCAGAAUCAGCAGAUGUUGUUGUGAUUGGUGGGGGUAUCAUAGGUUGCAGCACACUUUACCACUUGACCAAGCUAGGCUGCACAAAUGCUGUAUUAUUAGAAAAAGACAAACUGACAGCUGGAACCACAUGGCAUACUGCAGGAUUAGUGUGGAGACUUCGUCCCAAUGAUACAGACAUUCAAAUUUUAAAUCAUACUCGUCAUCUCUUAAAUGAUGUGCUGGAGAAAGAAACAGGUGUGCAUCCUGGCUGGAUUAAUAAUGGUGGCUUGUUCAUAGCUAACUCUAAAGAGAGGUUGGAUGAAUACAAACGGCUAAUGACAAUAGGAAAGGUGUUUAACAUCGAGUCCUAUGUCUUGUCACCAGAAGAAACUAAGAAGUUGUAUCCACUGAUGAAUGUAUCUGAUCUUUAUGGUACUCUAUACAGUCCAGGUGAUGGAACUGUUGAUCCUGCAGGGUUCUGUGAUUCACUAAUAAGAGCAGCAACUAGAGCAGGAGCAAAAGUUAUUGAAAAGUGUUCAGUCACUGAUGUACAAGUUGAAGAAAAUGAAUUUGGCACUAAAAAAGUGAAAGCAGUCCAUACUCCUUCAGGAACAAUCAGUACAAGCUGUUUAGUUAAUUGCACAGGUGUAUGGGGCCCAUAUAUAGGCAAGAUGGCUGGAGUGAAAGUUCCUCUAAUAGCUAUGAAACAUGCCUAUGUGGUUACCAAUAAAAUUGAAGGUAUUCAGAAUAUGCCUAAUGCUCGUGAUCAUGAUUUGUCAGUUUACCUUCGUCUGCAAGGAGAUGCACUAUCUAUUGGAGGGUAUGAACCCAACCCUAUAUUUUGGGAAAAUGUGGACAAGAAUUUUGCUUUCAGUUUAUUUGAGUUGGACUGGGAUGUCUUUGGGACUCAUAUUGAGAAUGCUGUUCACAGGGUGCCAGUUUUAGAGAAUACAGGGAUUAAAUCGACUGUUUGUGGACCAGAAUCUUUCACACCUGAUCAUAAACCUCUACUUGGAGAGGAUCCUGUUGUGCGAGGUUUUUUUCAUGGCUGUGGAUUCAACAGCUUGGGAAUGAAUGCUGGAGGAGGUUGUGGACGGGAAUUGGCUCGCUGGGUUGUUCAUGGUCGGCCUGAACUUGACAUGUAUGGCUAUGAUAUCAGACGCUAUUCCUCGAAGUUGACAGACAAUCAAAAAUGGAUCAAGGAACGUAGUCAUGAAUCUUAUGCAAAAAAUUACUCUAUUGUCUACCCACAUGAUGAGCCCUUGGCUUGUAGAAACAUGAGAAAAGACCCAUUUUAUGAUGAGUUGGCUGAGAAAGGCUGCAUCUUCCAAGAAAGAUUGGGUUGGGAACGGCCGGGUUGGUUUGCUGGAGAUGGAAAAGCAACUCCAAUGCAGUAUGAUUUUUAUGGAUAUUAUGGAUAUGAUAAACAUGUGGAACAUAAGUAUGAAGAUAAGUUGAAGUUGGACUACUCCUUUUCUUUCCCUUCUCAUCAUGAUAUUCUUCAAAAAGAAUGCUUGAGUUGUAGAGAACAGGUAGCUGUAUUCAAUAUGUCUUACUUUGGGAAGUUCUUUCUCACGGGACCAGACUCUCAGAAAGCAGUAGACUGGAUUUUCACCAAUGAAAUGGACAAACCCGAAGGAUCUACAAUAUAUACAUGUAUGCUGAACUCAAGAGGGGGUAUUGAAGCUGAUUUAACAGUUUCUUGUAUUCAUCCAGGAGAAGGCUCUGCAUGUGAUCCUGCAUUCAAAGGAAGAGGCUUCUACAUUGCAGCAGCUGGAGCAGCUUCCCAACAUAAUUUUUCACACAUUCAGAGUGUCAUUCAAGAUCAGAAGUUUAAUGUGUCUCUUGUCGAUCAUUCAGAAAACAUGGGCAUGCUCAGCAUUCAAGGUCCAAAAAGUCGAGAACUCCUUCAGUCACUGACAGAUGCAGACCUGAAUGAUGAAGGAUUCCCAUUUUCUACUAAUAAAAUAAUAAAUAUUGCUGGCCAUAAGGUAAUGGCUUUAAGGUUGUCUUUUGUUGGUGAAUUGGGAUGGGAGCUUCACAUUCCAAAGGAUAGCUGUCUCCAUGUUUACAAAGCAUUAUGGGAUAAAGGUCAAAAUUACGGGCUAGUCAAUGCUGGUUAUCGUGCUAUUGAUUCACUCAGUCUUGAGAAAGGUUAUCGUCACUGGCAUGCUGAAAUACGUAUGGAUGACACUCCACUAGAGGGUGGGCUGGCAUUCACUUGUAAAUUAAAAACUGAUACUCCAUUUUUGGGUAGAAAAUUAAUUGAGAAACAAAAGAAAGAGGGUCUGAAGAAAAGAAUUGCAUGUUUUACAAUUGAAGAGUGAGUAUUAAAAUAAUGG